UUCAUUUUCCCUUUUUUUCGGUAUAGAUCAUGCCAUUGUCAUGUUUUAGAACUAGUCUGCAACGAUCCUUUAUUAUCAAUAAAUACUAUAAUCAUCACUUUUCAUAUUUUCAUACAAAAUCCACUGAAUGGACAAGAUCAUGUCUUCAAAAAAUGAAAAAAACAGAUCUAAUCCGAUUAGCAAAAGAAAAUCAGUUACCUUUAUCUGGAACAAAGAAUGACAUUGUAGUUCGAUUAUUAAAACAUCAAACUUCAAACAGGAUGGUAGACCAGAAAACAAUGCCUUCUAUUCUUCAUUCUAGUAUUAUCCAAGAAACAACAAAGGAAGAAGAAAAGGAUCCUAGCACUAAUCUAAUGGAUCAAGCCUAUGUGGAUGCAUUUGAAUUAAAACUUGCUAAUCGUCGUGGAAAAAACGAUACAAGUUUCAGGAUAGAAAAUACCUCAAGGCCACCACCUCAUCCGUUAAUGAACCAAAUAAUAGAGGAAAAAAAGAGAUUAGUUGUAAAGGAAGAACCAAUAGAAGAAAAAAAGAAAUUAGUUGUAAAGGAAGAACCAAUAGAACAAAAAAGUAAAAUACAUAAUUUAACAGAAGAAGAAGGAAAAGAAAUAGAAAACGAAGGCAUUAAUGUAGAAUGGGUGAAAGCAUUUGAUUUAAAAGUUAAAUCAAGACAGCGACAUAAUUUAACAGCAAUAGAUACUUUAUCACCUUCUCCAUCAAACUCUUCCAUCUCUCACAAGCCAACAAAGAUGAAUAAUCCUAAUAAAAAGAAUACAUGGAUCAGUGUUGCUAUUGGCUCAGGUAUGCUGAUUUGGUAUUUUAGUGGUGAAGAUGGAUUUAGUCAAAUUGGUCAUUUCCUAUCAAGUUUAUAAAAUUUAUUUAUUAUUAUUUGGCAUAAGACCUACAUGUAAAUAGAUAGAAGGUUAUUAUUACGUAAAUAAAGGGUGUGUGUAUAUGUAUGUAUGUAUGUGUAUAUAUUACAUAAUAUAGGAUCAGAAUGACCCAUACGCUUAUAUAAUCUCAUUCUGACAUCUACUUCUUGUCGA